AUGUCAGUCACUGCCAGUGCCGUCCCGUGGGAGGAAGACCCGCUACUCACACAGGUGUGUACUCACGCACUCACUCACUGCACACACAGAGGGAGGCAGACAAGCAAACACAAACAUCAUCCUUCAGGCUCGGCAUCAAGUCAAGGAGGAGAACCUCGCGAGGCUGGUGCGGCGCAAGUCGUCCAGGAAGAAGCAGACCACUGCACAGGCCGCCAAGUGGAAGAUGACACACGUCCGCAUCAGCAAGGCACUCAAAGUCAAGAGUCAGCAAAGACAGAGAGAGACACAAACGGCAAACUGACUGACACUCUCUCAUUUUGUGUCCCACUCUUGUCAGUGUGGGUGCCGGACGAUGGCGGUUGGACGGCUCUGCGUGGGUUGCAUCAGGCGCAGACGAUGCAGGAGCGAGACACGAUGAUCGACAGGCAGGAGAACGAAUCAGCCAACGACAAGGCCGACAAGGACAACAAGGACAACAACACCAAGACAACAGUCAGCGCCAAGACAAACCACUUUCCCUUUACUUACAUGACACACAUAAGUACAUUCAUGGGUUGUGUGUGGCUGCAGCUUGCUGCUCGUCGCCCGACUCGUGCUUGUCGCAUUGGCCAAACCACCAACUACGCCGAGCUGGGAGAGGUCAGUGCGGCAGAGAAGCACUGAGUACCUUCCUGUGUGUGUGAAUACGUGUGUGUGUGUCUCAGGUUGACGAGAGUGGGCAUGCGUCACUCGAGGCACACAUCUCUGAGGAGGAAGAGGAGACCAAACCCAAACCAAAGAAACGAGCCAAGGUCCACACGCAUCAAUGCCACUCGUGAAUGUCCGUCUGUAUUUGAUGGUGUUUUAUGUGUGUCAGGCCGCCAAGCGAGAGGCGAGCCCACAAAAGCCCCGCCGGAACCGCCGACACAACAACGACGGUAGUGUGUCCGUGUGGAUAAAGACGCACAUGCGCGACGUGUGGUGUGUGUCUGUGUGUGACCCUCUUCUAGGUGAUGGUGAUCUCGUGUUCCUGCCGUGAUCACUCGAGGGCACCGAGACAAGACAGACAGACAGACAGAGAGUGAGUGUGUGCAUACCACAGACAGAUAGAUAAAUGGACAGACGACGGAUGGAUGGAUGGAUGGAUGGGCGUGAGUGAG